UGGAAAAUUUGCGGGGUUCGGCAUCAAGUGGAGGAAUUGGGACUGAACCUAGAAAAUAGGGGUUCGGUUGACCACAUCCCGAAGCGAAGCAUGCUGUCGCGAGAGCUGCACCCCACGUUUCGAACAGCUCCAGAAACUUUAAACGGCUCGGGACCGAAGUUCUGGUUCAAAAUGUGGAGUGAGCUUGUUAGUGGUAGUGGAAAUAUCGAAGCUUGAUCUAAUUUAUUUCGUUAAAUCAAAGACUGCCUUUCACGUUCUCUCGUUCGAAGAAUUUUCAAAGCUUCGUUGUUUACUUUCUUUCGUCUUCAUUACACAAUAGAAAAAUGGCUACCAAACUCUACAAUCCGGAGAACAACACCAUGGCGAACGGCUACAGUAAUGGCCAUGUCAAUAGUCAUACCAAUGGUUAUACCAAUGGUACAAGUGGACCGAGACCACUAAAUAUUGCGAUCAUAGGUGCUGGUAUUGGUGGUUUGUCUGCUGCCAUCGGCCUGAGAAAAAAUGGACACAAUGUUUCUCUCUACGAACAAUCCCAAUCCACCAGCGAAACAGGCGCAGCCAUCCACCUCGCCCCUAAUGCCAACGGACUCCUCAGACGGCAUGGAAUCAUGGCAGAAGACUUCGGCGCAGUCGAGAUGUGCAGAUUAGCAGAAUACGGUUUAAAAGGCGUUGAGACUCGGAAGGUGGAACUCCAGGAGCAGAAUAAGUUGUGGCAGCAUCCGUGGAUGUUGGUACAUCGCGUCAGGCUACACGACAGAUUGAAGCUAGUGGCAACUGGAAAGGAGGGCAAGGGCAAACCUGCUGAACUUCAUCUGUCAAGUAAAGUUAUCGAAGUUGAUCCGGAGAAUGCAUCGUUUGUCUUGGAGAGUGGGGAGAAGGUGCAGGCGGAUUUGGUUUUGGGUGCUGAUGGGAUAUAUUCAAAAACGAGACAAUAUGUAUCUGGAAAACCAAGCAAGCUCUUCGGCUCAGGCAAAGCAGCUUUCAGAUUCUUGAUUGACCGGAAAGCAGCCUGCGAAGACCCACAGAUUGCAAAGCUUUUGGAGAAUGAGAAUGAGUUGGUCAUCUGGUAUGGCACUGAUAGAAGAGUUGUUGUGUAUCCAUGCGACAACAAUGAGUUACUGAACUUCAUCUGUAUUCACCCAGAAGAAGAGUCGCACGGUGGUUCUACGGAAUGGAAUAAGCAAGGAUCGCUAGAUCAACUUCUCAAAGUCUAUCAAGAUUUCGAUCCAAAGCUUCUUGCGUUGUUCAAGAAAGCCGAUCCAGAGAGCUUGAAGGUGUGGAAGCUACUCGACAUGGAGGUUCUGCCCACGUGGGUGAAGGGCAAAUUGGCAAUUUUGGGCGAUGCAGCGCAUCCAUUCCUUCCACAUCAAGGGCAAGGUGGUGGAGUUGCUAUGGAAGACGCUACAACCAUUUCAGUUGUUCUCCCUCUAGGUACCACGCCAGAAGAGAUUCCCGAGCGAUUGCAAUUAUACGAGAAAAUUCGUUACGAACGAGCCAACAACAUCCAAGACUACUCUCGCCAAGCUGGAAAGGAUUGUGUUGAUAGCAAGCCCACAAUUGACAUGAUGAAAUACACAACAUACAACUUCGGUUUCGACGAAUACGACAAUUCAACCAACAUCUUCACCAAAUGGCAUCGAAACAAAAACCCAAACGUCUACUGGCGUAUGCCAGUUGCGUUCGGCCCAGCACCUGGACCACGACAAGACAUCUGGGGCAAUCCUCGACCGUCACUCGCCCAGACCUUCCUUACAGCCUCCAUCAAAUUCAAGACUUCUCGAACGUUCCUCCAAAACCUCUUCCCAAAUGAAUCUUUCAAAUUCAAAUCUCCCGGCUCAGUUGCAUACGCAAGCUUCUCUACCACCACACUGGGAAACAUGACCUGGCUUGGAGGCGGCGGCUACAAUCAUUUCGGGCUGUACAUUCACGGUGUGCAGUACACGAAGAAGGACGGCUCGACCAUCGAUGGGACUUACCUGCCUCUCCUCUUCGAAUCGCUCACUGACCCUAUCGUGAGCGGAAGAGACGAGCUCGGUAUGCCGAAAGUGUACUGCGCGAUAGACAUCCACCGCCGAGCAUCCAGCUACCGCAUGGCAGCCUCAUGGCAAGGUGCCAAAUUCUGCGACUUCACGCUCGAGGGUCUCGAGACUGUCGACCCCGCGACCGAAAAGGGCACCAUCGGAGGGGAAGCCGACUACGGAAUCUUGGCGCACAGAUAUAUCCCCGCGGUCGGCCGUGACAUGAAGGGGAAAGCUGAUGCGGAGUACUCUGUGGUGGUGCCGCAUGAGGAGGAGGCGAAGGUUGUGCCGAGUACGGUGAAGAAGGUUGAGAAGCCGACGAGGGCGAGCGUUAAGUUUGAUGCGCUGGAUGUGGAUGCGUUGCCGACGCUGCAUCAUAUUGUUUCGGUGUUGGCGGAUAUUCCGAUUUAUGAGGUUGUUGGAUCGAAGAUUGUGGAGGGGACGGGGGUGCCGGAUGUUAGUAGUGCGAGGAGGAUUGAGUAGUUGUGAUUUGUAUUGGUGAUCUUUCUGUAGGAGUUUCAGGGAUCGCUUUAAAUCGCAUUCAUAAUUGACCUUUCUGUUCUAUUUGAAGUGCUGCGAAUGAGCAUGCCCU